AUGAGCAUGGAGAAUUUGGAUGUUAUAACCAGUGAUAAAAUGCUGACGAAUCAAUUGUCGGACGCUAGCAGAGAUGAUAGUACAACUGCAUCUGUUCUAGAAUCCACCAUCGAAAAUCAUGGAAAAUGGAUUAUCCAAAAAGAAAAUAACCAAUCUGAUGCAAUGAACCAAGAAAAUAAAAUAUCAAACACAAUUUGUGAAGAGGAUGUUACAGCGAUAUCAUGCGAAAUGUGCCAUAAUUAUGAACUAAAUUUAACAAAAAUGCAGGACGUAGAGCGAAACUUGAAAGAACAGUUAUCCGCUGCACAACAUUUGGUUAAUCGUUACCAGAAUGAACUCUCUGGAGAGCGCUUGUACAGAAGGGAAAUGGAAACAAAAACAACCACAUUAUGUGCAGAUAAUGAAAAAGAAGUGAAUAUAGCGAAAAAUGAGAAUGAAAAGUGUUCUAAACAAUUGUCUGCCGUCGAUGAAAGGUGUAUAAAGUUGAUACGAGAACAACGAAACAAUAUUGGUCGCUUGAAGGAACGUUUGAACAUAAUGAAUAAAGAUAUGCACAAUUUGAGCAGUCGAUAUUUAAAGUUGCUUGGUGCCAAUCGUAAAUGCUCUACAGAAAUGAGAGAUCAAACGAUAGAAUUGCCUCAGGAUGUUGAUCAAUUGCAAUUUUUGUGCCUCCAACUAAGAGAAGAAUUAAUUGAGACUCGUGCAGCUAAAGAACAUGCUGAAGUAGUGCUGAGAGAUGAGAUAACAACACUAGAAGCGCAAAGGAAGGAGGAUGAAAUGGAAAAGAGAAGGAUUGAAGAUGCUUACACUGAGCGAGUAAAUGGUGUUAGCGAAGAACUUGGUUUUGCUCGCAGUCAGUUAGAUUCGAUGAAAGAUGCAUCUUCGAAAGUUGAAGAAAUGAACAAAAGGAUGACUGAAUAUAGGAAAGUAAUCGAAGAUUUGGAAAAACAGUUACAAUCAGUGCAAAAGGAACGUACUGAUUUGGAAAUGUCUGUUGCUUUGUAUAAGCAGAAAUGCGCUGCUUUGCAACAAGAAUUGGAUACAUCAGAAACCGUACAAAAGGAUUUCGUUAAACUUUCACAAAAUUUGCAAAUUGAACUUGAAAAAAUUCGACAAGCUGAGCAGGAAGUGCGGUGGCAGUUCGAUGAAGAUGUCCAUGCAUGCAAUCAGUGUCAGUCAAAUUUUUCCAAAAACCGUGUUAAAUUCCAUUGUUAUCAUUGUGGCAAGAUUUUCUGCUCAAUCUGUUUAUCAGCAACAAUACCUAGUGGACCGCAUCGAAGGCCAGCAAGAGUUUGUCAAGUGUGCCAUACUCUUCUAAGCAGGGAUUCCGCUCCAUUUUUCUCACAUAAUUUGGCAGCAACAUAG